AUGUCUCUGACGCCUGGCGAUCGCUCUCGCGCGAUCCGCUCGCCCCUCCUGGAUCCUCCAGACAUCGUCUCUGGUGCCCUGUCUGGCAGUCGAUUCUGGACUGUUGGGGACGACAACGGAUUGUCCUCCACUUUGUCCCAUCCUCCGGCCGCGGACUCGACGGCCGAGCUGUACCAACCCAUCGCCUUUUCUCGAGACACCUCCGCCAACCUGGCUGCUCUCGCGAUCCCUCCGCCGGGCAUGGGCACGGCGUUGGGCGACUUGAAUGCCCCGCCGCCGUUGAACGCACGGCGGCCGGCGGCGCCCACGCUCCCCAGCUUUGAGCUGCCCCCGCCGAACUUUCAGAUCAGCGUCGGGACCCCCAAGUAUCCGCUUCAGUCGAAUGCGCACCUUCCAACGCAUCACAAUCUGAACAGUCUGUUGACACCGCCGGCAUCGACUCAAGCCAGCGACGUGUCCGCUCCGAGCACGGCCGCGCCGACGACCACCGUGUCUGCGUCCCCGGACGUGGCUCCAUCGUAUGGAACGGCGUACUGGCAGGGACACAGUGGCUAUGGAAGCACUCCUGGCGGCGCUGCGCCGCGGCAACCAUGGAAUACGGGGACCAACCAGUCAUAUCCGACGCGGGAGUCGUUUUCACCGUCGACAUUACACCCGCUGAGCCGAAAUCCGCCGACGUCUCCUCCCGUGACCGAAGGCAUGGCACAGCCGUACGACAUGCACCACCACCUCCCUCCGUUCCAGCAAUCGCUUUCCGUUCCCCCGUCAGGCAUGGCGACCGCAACACCGCAGCAUCCCGCCAUGACGCACGCCAUGUUGUCCAGUCCCACGGGAUUGCCCCACCCAGGGCCGUCUCCGCACCUCCUCCCCUCAAAUGACCCUUACGGACCCAAAUCGCAGUCGGCACCCGUCUACGGUGCAGCACAGCAGAUUCCCAGCCCGCACCAGACCAGUUUCCCGCCGUACGGACAGCCGGGGCUCGGCAUCCAUCCGCCGGGUCGUGUCUCGUCCACUGGGCCACCACCUCACCUGAGCUAUUCGCGGCAGCCCUGGCCAUCAUACUCGCUCCCGGCGAUGAACGGGCCGGUGAUGACGAACAUCCACAGUCCGAACGGCCAAAUGUCGUUGCUGGGAAGCAUGCAGGCGGGCAUUCUCCCGGGCUUCAACAGUGGCCAUGUGGCCAGCAUGCAGCAGAUGUACGGCGGGCAUCCGCCACACCCCAUCCACCAGCCGGGGCCGCCCAACGACCGGCCGUUCAAGUGUGAUCAGUGUCCGCAAAGCUUCAACCGGAAUCACGACCUGAAGCGACAUAAGCGUAUUCAUCUGUCGGUGAAGCCGUUUCCAUGUACACAUUGCGACAAGAGUUUUUCCCGCAAGGAUGCAUUGAAGCGACAUAUUCUGGUCAAAGGAUGCGGCAAGGACGGGUCGGACGGGUCGAAUAAGACGAGCACGGCGAGUGUCAAGGAGGAGGACAAGGAGAGCGUCGAUACCAAUGGGCACAGCUGA